AUGCCCUCUGCCUCGUGCGCCUCCUACUCCCACUCCAGCGCCGCCGCUACCCUCGGCCGCCUCCCUCCAUCCAGUGGUGUCGCCUCUCCUCCCCUAUACGUGCGCCGCCGCCCCUCCGCCCCCUCCUACCUGUCGUCGUCUCGCCGCUGCAGCCGUCCCCAAGGUGAGAAAGCUAUCAAGGCUAGGGUUCACCGGAAAGGAAGGAAAAAAAUCCCCAUUCCCUCCGGCGUCUCUUACGCCCCGCUGUCGGCCUACUCUUCCUCUCGGAAGUAUCGUCUUCAUCCUCGACGCAGAAGGAUAGCACAGACUGCAGAGAUGCCAUGCCGCCGUGCUCCUUUUCGCCGAUCCCCUUCCACCAGAUUGGCUGAUGAGGGGAGGUCCAAUAGGUCCAUGGUGGGGAUGGAGCAACGAGGCCGGAGACCCAGCGGCGGAUGCCUCAUGGGUAGAGGAGAGGUUAACAAUACGGACAAGGAGCAGCGGUGUCGUAUGGAUCUGCAGGGAGGCGUCUUCAAGGGAUGGCUGGUGUCAAUAUUUGUGUUGAUAUGCCCUACAUAUCGAGUUCAUCGUCCAAGCACCUUCUGCGGAAAGAAAGAAAAAGGCUUUCAACAAUUACAGUCAGGGCAGUCUGCUAAUUGUAUCAGCAACAUAUACUGCACCAUGGACCACCGGGUCAAGAACUCCAGCUUGGAAAAGUACCUUUACCAUGCGCUAUGCAAUAGCAGCUACCCAAAUGCUAAGAAUAACAGAUUAGCUAUCCCAGUCUCAAAAUUUAUAGAUUGGGUGGAUCGUGUGCGGGUACAUCAACAAGAAGUUCAGGAAUAAUUACAGGGUGACGAUCCUAGAUCCCCCCCACCUCCGACUCGAGCAAGGAGCAGCUGCUCCUCCAACCUCGCACCGCCGACCUC